AUGUAUCGACAAAAGACCGAAGAACUAAAUGUUGAAUUGCAAAAAACCGUAACAAGUCGGAAAAGGUAAGACUUUUAAUGCAAUAGUUAUUAAACCAUCAUAGCAAAAUGCCUUAACAUAAAGCUGUAAACCCCAAAUUUCUAGUAUUCGAUCUCCACCCAUCAAGUCCACUCCAAAUGGUCAGAAUAUCAACAAAAACAAGGUCCAAUUCCCAGUUUUGCUACACUGUUCGCCGCUUCAGAAAGCCAGAAGAAUAGUAUUGCCAAAAAAGAGUGACGAACGUUUCUACCAUGUAGAACAUUACUUCAAGUACCCCAUGAAAAUCAAGAUCAUGUGUUUGCCGACUUCUGAAGAGAUGCCCAAAAGCACUUCACAUUAUAUGGUGUCAUCGAUAAAGAUGAGAGCUACUAAGGUGUUCGUAUCCAACUCUCCAAUGUACGACGUCUACUACGAACUCAGAAAGCCAAGUAUUACUAUUGAGGUAAGUUAAGUUUUUACGCGAGAAAACAGGUUUAUUUUGAUCAUACAUUUGACAUAAAACAACGGCCUUUUUCACCUUUUCAAUCCACAAUAGUCUUGUUCAUUAUCUACAGAGAAUCCACAACCCUCGAUUGAAGAAUGCCAGCGACUACUAUCUUCAAAGCUCAACGAAACAAAUGGCCAAGAUCAAGAAAAUCGAGUGGAACCACGUAAAACUAAUCACAGCUCAUGGCAGCCAUCAAGCAGUGGAACGAGUAAUGGUUGGCGAUAAGCAACACCGACUGAAAAAGAUAAAGCCAACCAAAUUCAAGGCCAACAUCUGCUGUUCCAGAGAUGCCGUGCCAAAAGCGGAGAUCAUGGUAAGGUUUUUUACUCUAUAUUAAUGUUUUAUUGUAUAGAAAAGCUUGUAAAACAUCAAAUUCGUAAGCUUCAAACUCUUUUUAUGCAUUAAAGAUUGUUUUCUUGCUUUUCUACAAGCCAUGAAGCUAAAGAAAGAACAGAAAUCUAGUAAACUUUUGCCAAAACUAUGGUAUAGUAGAUACCUCUAUAUAACAGCUAAUUUUCCUCUUUUCAGAGCGUGAAAACCCUCCAGAGACCUCCAAAAGACGUAAUUAAACUCAAAUCAGUCAAUACUAGCCAAGAACCAAGACAAGUUCGAUUCCUGAAGCAAGAAGACUUUAUUCAACGCCGCCUCUCUUGUCUCAGCCUCUCGAUCUCCACUAACUCUACUUAUGAAUGA